CAUCGACAUUUUUUCUUCAUACCGCGACUUGGCAGUUUCGGGGCGAUUGAAGCAAAUUGAUCCAAUUCUUUCCCAUUGUGUGAAAAGCAAAGCAAAUCAACUAGGAUACUUGGAUUUACUUGCCGAGUUGAGCCCCCAGAUUCUGUUUCUGGCGCCUCCUUCUACUCCGUACACUGACUGAUGAUACGCCGCGGAGACUGAAACGGAAAUUUUCCUCGCCUUCCUUCACCAGUCGGCGGCUUGGCUUUCUCUUCUCUUCCCACCUUGAUCGGCCCACACCUUGCCGUUCCCGACUUCACUCACAACACCACUGACUGUGCAUCGAACCUCAUUUACCUUCAACAGCGAAGACUGGCGACGUUCUCACUCCCCUCAGCCAAGUCAAGAACAGAAACCACGGAGCAGGAUGGAGAACACAGCCUCUCAGAUCGACGAGUCCGAGCAACGCGCAGCGAAGCGCCUUAAGGUGGACGACUCCGCGCAGCCUGCCGAGUUGCCCGCCGCUGAGGAGCAGCGUGCUGCCAUUGACGAGGCUUACAAGCAAGUGGAGCCCGUCCCUGCCAGCGGCAACGCUGGUGAGAAGGCCGAUGCUCAGAUGAGCGAUGCCCCUGCCAUGGAGACGAAGCCAGCCGAUGAUGGCCCUAGUGCUGUCCAUACCGGUGAUGCGCCUGCACAACCGAAGAAGGACGACAGAGAUGUGAGACGUGGCCAGGCUCCUAUCAAGGCCGAGUUUCUGGUGUACAGAGAAGGCCAGGCGAAGGAGCAGGAUGACAUCGCCGACGAUGAUGCGGCCGAGGGUCGCGAUCAGGGCAAUGGCAGAGAUUCUCGCGACAGCCGCGAUACUCGAGACAGCCGUGACAAGCGCGACAAGAAGAAACGUGAGAAGGGCCAGAACAAGGAGCGCAGCUUCGGUCAUUUCGACGACGCCCUUCGCCUCUGCAACAGCCGUGCCUACACCCCCGAGUUCUCUCCUCGCGACUGCAAGUUCGGCGACAGGUGCAACAUGCUUCACGACCUGCGCAAGUAUCUCAAGGAGGGCCGUCGUGAGGACCUCGACACCUUUGAGGGCAAGUGCCCCAUCUUCGAGAAGCUGGGCACCUGCCCCUCCGGCUGGAAGUGCCGCUUCGUCAAGAGCCACAUGAGGGAAGUCGAUCACGAGGACGGCCGCAAGGAGCUGAUCCUUGUCGAUGAGCCCAAGGAUGCCAAGUCGGGCGGCGAGGCCCCCGCAGACGCCGGGCGCGAGGAUCUCAGGCCAGGUGUCUACAACAAUACGGAAAACCAGCUCAAGAUUGAUCUCAGCCGCAAGCGCGUUGACUUUACCGAGACGGACAAGUACAUCACCUGGAUGAACAAGGAGGCAAGACUGGGCGACGAGUUUCACCAGCGCCGCAAGGACCAAAUGACUAGCACCCAUGAGGACCUGCGUGCCCAGUUUGUCGACCCGCCCCUGAAGCCGUCCGAGAAGCGUAAGCUGUACUUUGGCAAGGAGACGCCCGCACUCGCCCCGCUGACCACCCAGGGCAACUUGCCCUUCCGCCGCCUCUGCGUCGACCUCGGCGCGCAGCUGACCUACUCGGAGAUGGCUCUGGGCUUGCCCCUGGUGCAGGGAGUAAAGAACGAUUGGGCGCUGAUGAAGGCCCACGAGAGCGAGAUCAGCCCGCCCAAGGUCAACCCGGACAGCAGCAGCAUUGUCCAGGGCUACGAAAACUCCCGUGAUCUCAAGUUCGGUGCGCAGAUCUCGGGCAGCCAGGCCUGGCACUGCGUCAAGUCGGCCGAUCUUCUCAACCGCUACGUCCCCCACUUGCGUCUCAUCGACCUCAACUGCGGCUGCCCCAUCGACAUGGUCUUCAAGGCCGGCGGCGGCUCCGCCCUCCUCGAGGCCCACGGCAAGCUCGAGCGUAUGGUCCGCGGAAUGAACACCGUGUCGGGCGAGAUCCCCAUCACGGUCAAGCUCCGUACGGGCGUCCGGCAGAACCGCCCGACGGCGACCACCAUCCUCGGCAAGCUCGCCUUCGGCUCUCGCGAGAACCGCGACCGCCUCGGCGCCCCUGGCUGCGCCGCCAUCACCCUUCAUGGCCGCAGCAGGGAGCAGCGGUACACCAAGAAGGCCGACUGGGGCUACAUCGCCGAGUGCGCUGCCAUGAUCAAGUCGUACAACGAGCAAAAGGACGAGAUCACCGACACGGUGCGCGAGCCCGACGAGUCGACGCUCCCCAACGCAAAAGACGGCCGCAUGUUCUUCCUCGGCAACGGCGACUGCUACUCGCAUGUUGAGUACUACGAGCACAUUGACAAGGCCAAGGUCGACACCGUCAUGGUCGGUCGUGGCGCCCUAGUCAAGCCCUGGCUGUUCGAAGAGAUAGAAAAGGGUCAGUACCUCGACAAGUCGGCGACGGAGCGCCUCGCCUACGUCGAGAAGUUCUGCCGCUUCGGCAUGGAGGCCUGGGGUACCGACGAGCUCGGUAUCGGUUUCACGCGCCGCUUCUUGCUCGAGUGGCUCAGCUUCGCGCACCGCUACGUGCCCCUCGGCCUGCUCGAACACCUUCCGCCCGACCUCAACGACCGCCCGCCCGCGUACCACGGCCGCAAUGACCUCGAGACGCUCCUUGCCAGCAAGAACUAUCGUGACUGGAUCAAGAUCAGCGAGAUGUACCUGGGCCCGGCUCAUCCCAACUUCAACUUCCAGCCCAAGCACAAGUCUCACGCCUACGAGGCGGAGGGCUAGGUUGAUGGUCCAUGGGUUGGCGGCGUGCUGCUUCUUGAUGCAGACUAGGGAUCGUGGACGUGGAAAGGGACUCUUGCCAUCACUGGCUUCUCUUUCUCAUUCUUCUUAUGGGAAAUGCCAUGUGUGGCUGUAACUAGAUCCCUUGAGAUGACCGACUGCUCAAGAUUGAGCGAGGACGUCACAUCAGACGUGCGAUCAGAAGCUGAUGUACACAGAUAUGCGGUGACCAUUCCCGAUGACCCGUACCACCUGUCGUUGAGCCCGGGACUCGAAACACGACCAUGCCAACACCAUCCUCAUCCCACACAUUGCAUUUCUCCCCAACAUUUCAAGAGCCACGCGCUGCCCUCAACUCAGACACCGCCCACCAGGGCGAUGUAUAAAUCGCCAUCCGAAAGGUCUAGCCUCCUCUCAAUUGUAAAGAUCCGAGAAAUCCCAUUAUGAGAAGAAAUGGGUGUCUAGCGGUGUGGUGACGAUGACAUUUGACACGCACGAGGAGCUCGUGCACUUUUGAUCUAGUUGUUACUGGGUUCUGAGAGAAACUCGGGAGGACUUGACCGGUCCGGCUUCUUGUGGUCAAGGUUUCGUAGAGUGUUGGUCACGAAGACACGCUACGCGGCAACAUCGAGACAAGACCGUAAAGAAGGAAUAGCGAGAGAAGCCAUCCGAUCUUUCAUAUCAGUCUAAAUUUUUCGGGAGUUAUGAGACCGGCCAACCAUUCUUCCCCGUAGAAGACAGUGAAUCCUUCUAUCACUGUGUGCCUUAUUGUCGAGGAAGCCGAGGCCUUGGCGCUCCAUUCCAGUCUAGGCAGCUUUCUCCGUAAGAGACUGACUCUCCCAGCACAACCGACCGAUGCCGUUCCGUAUCUCAUCCCUCGCAGACUUUGGUCUCUGGACAACUUAUGGAAACGGAAAGCACCACCGUCUCCGAUAGGAGACUGGCAGAGAAGAGGUGACGUUGGUCAGCGAGGCGGUUGAUGUAGCCUCUGCGGUGGUCAUGAUACGGGAGGGGCGGCUGUUGGUGGUGGCCAGGACGAGGAAGAGGACUAUAACCAUGGAAGCAGUUCCACCCGUUGCCAGAAUGAUUGUCGUAAUGCUGCAACGUCUCCUAUUGAACCAUCUUAUUCUCUAUACCGUUGGG